CAGUUUCUUUGUUUUUUCCAUCUCUCGCCCGCUGCCCGUGAUCUCUAUCAUACGGCGGCUGGCGAUUUUUAAACAACAUUUUUUUUAAUGAUGGCGGAGGACAGUGAAUCCGCGGCCAGUCAGCAGAGCCUGGAGCUGGACGACCAGGACACCUGCGGCAUCGACGGAGACAACGAAGAGGAGAAUGAGCAUAUGCAAGGGAGUCCAGGGGGGGAUCUGGGGGCCAAGAGGAAGAAGAAGAAGCAGAAGAGGAAGAAAGAGAAGCCGAGCUCGGGGGGAGCCAAGUCCGACUCUGCCUCUGACUCUCAGGAGAUCAAGAAUCCUGGCCUGCCCAUUCAGAAGCUGCAGGACAUCCAAAGAGCCAUGGAGCUUCUGUCCUGCCAGGGUCCAGCGAAGAGCAUCGAUGAGGCAACCAAGCACAAGUACCAAUUCUGGGACACCCAGCCUGUGCCGAAGCUAAAUGAGGUGGUGACGAGUCAUGGGCCGAUAGAAGCAGACAAAGAAAACAUUAGACAGGAGCCAUAUUCCUUACCUCAAGGCUUUAUGUGGGACACUCUGGAUCUCAGCAAUGCUGAUGUACUGAAGGAGUUGUACACGUUGUUAAAUGAGAAUUAUGUGGAGGAUGACGACAACAUGUUCAGAUUUGAUUAUUCACCAAACUUUCUCAAAUGGGCUCUGCGUCCACCUGGCUGGUUACCACAGUGGCAUUGUGGCGUGAGAGUGUCUUCAAAUAAGAAGCUUGUGGGCUUCAUCAGUGCCAUCCCCGCAGAUAUACGCAUCUACGACACACUGAAGAGGAUGGUUGAAAUCAACUUCCUGUGCGUCCAUAAGAAGCUGCGUUCAAAGCGCGUCGCUCCAGUGCUAAUCAGAGAGAUCACACGGAGGGUGAACAUAGAAGGAAUAUUUCAGGCAGUAUACACAGCAGGAGUGGUACUGCCUAAACCUGUGUCCACAUGCAGGUAUUGGCAUCGUUCUCUGAAUCCCAGAAAGCUCGUGGAAGUUAAAUUCUCCCACCUGAGCAGAAACAUGACUCUGCAAAGAACCAUGAAACUCUACAGACUACCAGAUAGCACCAAGACCCCAGGUCUGCGGCCGAUGGAGAGGCGUGACAUACGCCAGGUCACCGAGCUGCUACAGAAAUACCUGAGACGUUUCCAACUUGCACCUUCUAUGGGAGAAGAGGAGGUGGCUCACUGGUUCUUUCCACAGGACAACAUAAUUGACACAUAUGUAGUAGAGGGUGCUGGUGGUGUACUGACAGAUUUUGCUAGUUUCUACACUCUGCCCUCAACCGUGAUGCACCACCCUCUCCAUAGGAGCCUGAAGGCUGCUUACUCUUUUUACAACGUUCAUACACAAACCCCACUACUGGACUUAAUGAAUGAUGCACUGAUCCUGGCCAAACUGAAAGGUUUUGAUGUGUUCAAUGCCUUGGAUCUAAUGGAGAAUAAGGUGUUCCUGGAGAAGCUCAAGUUUGGCAUAGGAGAUGGAAAUCUGCAGUAUUACCUCUACAACUGGAAAUGUCCCCCUAUGGACCCCGAUAAGGUUGGCCUCGUCCUUCAGUAGCAGGUCUCUUCACGGCUGCUGCACAAACACUGAUCAAGAGGUCGUCAGUGACCUCUGGCUAUUCCUUACCUGGACAUACAGGUAGCCCAAGCUAGACAAUGAGAACUACAACAGUAAAACCAACCUGGAGACUGGGAGGCGGUUCACCCGUCAUCAAGAACAUUCUCAGUUCACCUGGAGGUGAAAACUCUUAAAAUCAUCAACAUCCUGAAUGUGAAGUCAUGCUAUGCCUGAGAUACUCAUACAGUACAAUGCUCCUGACAUGCACACUCACAUCUAAAACAGUCUGACAUACAAGAGGAUGCCUUGACAUUGUGAAUUUUGUUUAGUUCUUCUUCCUCAGCAGACACGUCGUUACAAGAGACUGGCAUGUCAUUUAAUUUCCGCUGACAUUGAACUAUGUAAAUGAUAAUCAACAAGUAAACAUGACCACAAAAACAAAAAAAACUGCACACUGGCAGGGUCUUAAAGGCAGCGGAAGAGUUAUUAUUCCCGUCCCGUCUCCUAUCAUUGUGGUCAGAAGUUGUUUCUGCUGGCUGUUUUGAGCCUCGGUAGAGUUAGAAAUGCUAAGGACGUGUUUCUGUGAUAGCUGACGUAUAAAGGAAGAAACUUGUUAAAAUAACACACAGAAACACAAACACUGUCAAAUAACACACACACACACACACACACAAAAAGGAUAUCUUCAUGGAAGGACUCAUCCAACUGGUGCAUUGAUAUACAUUUUUUUUUUUUUUUUUGUUAAAAAUAUAGUUACCUGUACAUUUAAAGCCAGAUAAUAUUUAUUCCUGUACUGUGAGUUUAGGGUUCGGGAGGGCUGAUCCAAAGUAUUUCCUCAUACGUAGUUGUAGAUGUCACUGAGUUUGUUCAGACAACGUGGGUUUAAGUGGUUUUUGAUGAAGAAUGUAUUGCAUCAAUGAAGCACAAUUUUUGAGUUCCUAAACAAGCAAAAGGGUCCUUUAUUUUUAUUUUUUUAAAGGGUCAGAUUUCAAAACCGAUGGGUUGCGGUACCACCUUGAUUUCUACAAAGGAUGUGAGCUGUUUUCACUUAUAAAGCUGUUUCUAGAGUCGGUAUCUUUAACAGAACAUCUAAACAUGCUGUUUGGUUAUAUUUACAGUAACAAACACACCUUAGGGUCGUCUGUAUUGUGUGUUUAUUAAUUAAAUUAGAG